GGACUCAGUUACUCCCUUUUCUCUGAAACUCUAGCUCAUCAUUCUUUAAAGAAUGAUUUCAUCACCACUUCCCCUUUUUCAAUGCCAUUCAUUUAUUACCAAAAAACAGAAAAACUUUUCUCCAUUCCUCAUCAUAUAACAAACUCUUUACACUGAAAAUCCAAAGUUUUCUGAUGAUCAUCACCACAUUUUCAUAAUGAAAAACUUGAUUUUCUUAGUCUUCUUCUCACUAGUUCUUGUUCUACUUCCAGGUACUUCAUUGAGUCAAUUGAGUCCAUCAGAAAACAGAAUUCUACAUCAAAUCCAGAAAGUUUUAGAGUAUCCGCCAUCACUUGAUACAUUUACAAACUGGACGGAUUUUUGUACCUUACCUUCAACAGACGCUCUUACAAUUACUUGUUCAGGAAACCAUGUAACUGAACUAUCCAUUGUUGGUAACAGAACUAGAACUUCUUCUUCUACUGAAUCUUCUUCUUCACUGUCAACUGGAUUCUCGAUUGAUUCAUUUUUCACUGUUCUUACUAAGCUCUCCAGUUUGAAGGUUUUAUCAUUAGUAUCGGUGGGAUUACGGGGUCCGCUGCCGCCGAAGAUUAGUCGGUUUAAGUCGCUUGAAGUAUUGAAUUUGAGUUCUAAUUUCAUUACCGGAGAGAUUCCGGGGAGUGUAAACAGGUUGCAGAAUCUUAAGAGUCUUGUUUUGGCUGAUAAUUUGUUCAAUGGAUCUGUUCCGGAUCUUAAACCGUUGAGAGUUUUAGAAGAAUUGGAUUUGAGUAGUAAUGCUUUAGGAUUUCAGUUUCCUUCUAUGAGUAACAAGGUUGUAACCAUUUUGUUGAAGAACAACUCAUUUAGAUCUUUGAUUCCUGCUGAACUCAAAGGAUUUGAUCAGUUGAAGAAAUUUGAUGUCUCGUUUAAUCAUUUUAUUGGGAGAAUCCCACCUUAUUUGGUUUCAUUGCAAUCAAUUGAGUACUUAAAUGUGGCUGGGAAUCAACUCACGGGCACUUUUCCGGCGGAUGUUUCCUGCGGCGGUAAACUCGAGUUUGUUGAUCUUUCGCAUAAUUUGUUGAGUGGGAAGUUGCCGUUAUGCGUUGAAUCUAAUUCGUCGAGUUGUGUUGUUUUGUAUUCAUGGAACUGUUUGGCUGAUGGGAAUUUGAAGUUUCAGAAUCCAAAUUCUUUUUGCCAUGAGGAAGCAUUAGCUGUGAAGCCUCCAUUAAGGGUCCAGGAGAAAGCAUCAGGUAUCAAAAUCGGGCUCGUGCUUGGUAUUAUCGGCUGCGUCAUCGGAGCCAUGGGGAUUCUAGGAAUGUUAAUAUUCAUCAUAAUUCGGAGAAAAGGAAGAGAGACGACAGAACACAAUAUAUAUGAAAAGGCAGAUGUUAGAAAAGACUCCUCUCUCAGGCUCUCACCCCAACUCCUCACUGAUGCAAGGCAUGUAUCUCCAGCAAUGAGAGUGGGUGCACUUGGGCUCCCAGAGUAUCAUGUUUUCGAUUUCGACGAAGUUGAGGAAGCAACAAAUAACUUCGACCCGGCAAAUUUGAUGGGAGAAGGGUCUCAGGGUCAGCUGUACAAGGGUAGGCUAAGAGAAGGUUCAGUGGUCGUAGUGAGAUGUUUAAGAUUAAUGCCAGGACAUUCGUCUCAGAGCCUAUUGAGACACAUGGAAGUGAUAUCAAAGCUUAGGUAUCGACAUUUGGUUAGCCUUCUUGGACAUUGUGUGAUUAAUCAUCAAGAAUACUCUAAUGGGGCAACUACAAUCUUCCUUAUCUUUGAAUUUGUUUCAAAUGGGACACUACGCAGUCAUCUUACUGAUUGGAGGAAGAAAGAAGCUAUGAAAUGGUCUCAGAGAAUGGCGGUUACUGUCGGUGUGGCAAGAGGAAUACAGUUCUUACAUACUGGAGUUACACCGGGUAUCUUUGGAAACAAUCUGAAAAUAGAGAACAUAUUAUUAGACGAAAAUCUCACAGCAAAGAUCAGUACAUAUUUUCUGCCCAUACCUUUUGUUGUAGGCUCAGAAAGCCCUUUCAAAGGUCUAGAAUCAUCCGAGCGCCUUGAUGGAGCUGUAGAUGGCGAGAAGGACGAUGUUUAUCGGCUGGGUGUUAUUUUAGUGGAAGUUAUCACCGGUAAAUCAUCCACUUCCCAGGAUGAAGUGGAAGCCCAGAGACUUCAGCUGGAAGAUGCCUUGACAAACGCCUCAUCGCAACUACUACUAAGAGAAGUGGCUGAUCCUUCACUUCGCGGUACCUAUUCUUUUGGGUCUUUGAAAACAACAGUGGAGAUCACAGUAAACUGUCUGUCAAAAGAUCCUAGCCAGCGACCAUCAAUAGAAGAUGUAUUAUGGCAUUUGCAAUAUUCAGUUCAAGUUCAAGAAGGAUGGAUGACGAGUGGUGAUCUGUCCAUGUCACAAUCACACGGCUUGAGCUAACUCUUCCUGUUUGGAGAAUUCAUAAAUGGCUUGUACAUCUAUAACCUUAAAUCUGAGUUAUUUUUUUUCUUCUUAAUUAUGAUUUUUGAACCUUCCUUAUAGUCAAUGAAAAUCUUGAUGGCCAACAAAAGAACAAGGCUCAGCCAAAACUAAUAUGACUGCCUAAGAAGACGCUGCUCUUAAUUUAAA